GCGGGGCUGCGAGAGAGCGGGCGGCCGGCGGCCAUAGUGCGGCCAUGGACAAGCUGCGGCGGGUCCUGAGCGGCCAGGACGACGAGGAGCAGGGCCUGACCGCGCAGGUCCUGGACGCCUCAUCGCUCAGCUUUAGCACCAGAGUGAAGUGCUUUGCCAUCUGCUUCAUAGCUGGCGUUUUCUUCUCUCUCCUUGGAACUGGCCUGCUGUGGCUGCCCGGGGGCGUGAAGCUCUUCGCCGUGUUUUACACCCUUGGGAACCUCGCUGCCUUGGCCAGCACCUGCUUUCUGAUGGGACCCGUGAAGCAACUGAAGAAAAUGUUUGAACCCACAAGAUUGCUUGCCACCGUUGUUAUGCUUCUGUGUCUCUUCUGUACGCUGUGCGCUGUCUUCUGGUGGCACAAGAAGGGGUUGGCCUUAUUAUUCUGCAUACUGCAGUUCCUGUCAAUGACCUGGUACAGUCUGUCCUACAUCCCCUAUGCAAGGGACGCGGUGAUGAAGUGCUGUUCUUCUCUGCUGAGCUGAACAUGUGUGGCCCCCGCGUGACGGGCCUUGCUUGGGGAAGGCGUCUCUUC